AUGCAGGCGCCCCCGACCUCUCAAAGAUCGAUACAGCGAAGGUCGCCAGCCGCAGAUCCAGGACCUCCACCGACCGUCCCCGCACGAUCUAUGUCCCCCGGCCCUGGAAGUCAGCCACGGACAUCGUCAUCUUCUGCGAAAUCGCUAGCAAACGGUGGCAGCAGGAGACAGAAUCCACCCCAACCGAACCAAAGCAGCCAGACUGCUCCUCCUCUAUCGCAGAUCGAGAAGAGUGUCACCCACCUCCUAGUCGCAACGAAACAGCUUCUCGAAACCCUGACACAGUGGUCCAGACACCAGGCUACAGAUGCACAAGUCUCAGAUGUAUAUGUUAGGCUAGGAUACGAAUUCAAUAUAGCUUGUAGAGCCUUCACCGCUAUCAAUGUCGAUACCUCCGACCUAGGCAACGUACCUGAGCUUCUACGACACAUCCUCGAGUCAACUCUUAGUCAAGAAGCUAGUGUCGAAAGCUUGGAAAAAUAUCUGCCUAGAAUCCGAGAUAUCAUCAUAAAUCUACUUCACGGCCUGAAACGAAAACAACAAAAACUUCGGCAAAAACAGUCGAGAGAGGGGUCAAGUCAAAAUGGCGUGUUGGAUGUACCUCGGAACAGCAGCGUUAGCAGCGUCAAUAGUGGCAACACUGGACUUAGCACAUUACUCGAUCAAGGGAUAUCGAACAGCUUUCAAGAUGGCAGUAUCUCUGAGAAUAGGGACAGCGCAAUGCCGAAUGAGAUUGGCGUUCCUCCCAGGGGAUCUUCAUCAUCUGCGAACCCCAAUAGAAGAGGACUUCCCGGUAGAGAUCCAUCAAGAGGGUCUCUGUCUUCAGAGCAGUCAACACUGUCAAGUUCAACAAUGCAAGCCAUGACAAUCAUUCCACCUUAUCCCGGAGACGAGUCACAAAAUUCGCGGCGAGCAGGGCCGGAAGAGCUUAGUGUAGACGCCUUUCCACCACCUCCUCCGCCACCCAAGCAGCAAAAUGCACUUGCGGCGUUACAGAGAGGUGGUGAUCUCGAGAGGCGAGCGUCGAGACGAUAUUCAGCUUAUCAGAUCUCUAAGCACCUCGGUGCAUCUCCGAAUGGUGUGCCUCUGCUUCCACCCCCUGCCCAGAACUCUCCCAUUCCCAAUAGGGGAAGGAAUGAUGCUAGAGAGUCUAUGAGAGCUGUUCAAAACCGAGGAGAUCAAAGACACAACCGCCAACAGUCGCGUCUUGCAACUGAGGCUUCACCAGUCCGCAUCCCAAGUCGGGUAUUAGAAGAAGGCUCAAAAGCUCAAGUAAUCCAAGCACCAAGUGAACCACCCAGGGACGAUAGCCCAACUGCAAAGACGCCAGAAGAUAAGAUAAGGCAACCGCCCGUCAAUUUUGAUACGCCAAGUGCAACCCUCCAAGGCCCCCCCAGCGAUGCUCUACCACUCCUACCAGGGGCUUCACCUAGUAGUACCGCCAAAGACCAGAUUGAAUUCUCCGAGGCGCCCCGAAACCAGCAGCAGGCCACUAUUGUGUCUUCGAGUCAGGACAGACAAUUCACGCCUGAACCAUCACCUCCUCCAGGCAAAGAAUUGACAAUAUUCCUACAGUACAAGUCAAAGGUCAAGAAGUUUGUUCUUACUGAUGGGUACAACGACCUGUCCAUGGCCCGGCUGCAACUUGCUUUCAUCGAGAAAUUUGCGUGGAAUACACAUAGUAAUGGUACAGAUCUCCCUGAGAUCUAUAUUCAGGAUCCCGUCUCAGGUGUCCGUCAUGAGCUUGAGGACCUCAAUGACAUCAAGGAUAGGUCUGUACUGGUGCUGAAUGUUGAGGUGUUGGAUGAGGUGAAGCGUCAUAUCGAUGAAGGAAUAGGCGGACUCAGGUCGAUGAUGGACGUGGUGAAAACAUCAGUCGAGGACAACUCGGCAACCAUCCAGCGUGUAUCUGAGCGGCAGAAUGACACUGCAAGGGAUAUUGCUAGAUUAGCGGCAGCGCCUUUGUCGAGGGUGUCUUAUAAUAAUCAACGAAACAGCCCACUUAUCAGCCCUUCGAAAAUCAACACUUCGGCUCAAAUGAGCGAGAUUCAAAGCCUGCGGCGAGAUCUUGCUGUCCUUCGACAGACCUAUUCUGGCUUUCAAUCCGAUAUUCAAAACUCGAUGUCUAUCAUUCGCACUAAGGCCACUUCUGUAAAAAGCGUAGCUAUCAAGGCCGCCAUUCCUGAUAUCAAGGAUGGAAAAGGUCGUGCUUACAUCAACACUGGCAGGAAACAGCUUGGUGAAGAGUCCGACAAGCUCGUUAAACAAGUUGAUGACCUCCAAGAUAUCGUCGAAGAUCUUCGCAAAGACGUCGUUUUGCGUGGCGUGCGUCCUCUUCCUCGUCAACUCGAGACCGUUGCCAAAGAUCUUUCCCAGGCCACAAUGGAGCUCAAGAAGAUGCAAGACUACUUGAAACGUGAGCGCCCGGUCUGGACCAAGAUCUGGGAACAGGAGCUCGAGACCGUCUGCAAUGACCGCGAGGAAGUGACUAUGGCAGAGGACCUCGCCACUGAUCUUCAAGACGAUCUUGAGAAGGCUGCUGGGACGUUCGCACUGGUGGAGCAAGCGACCAAGGAACAGAUGAAAGACGCCCCUGGCUCUGGAACACGCAUACUCGGCCGAGGCUUGAAUCAUGUCGUUAUCCCAGCUGCCGACCCCUCUCUCGCCAAAGAAGGCGUACUAGGAGAAGUUCGCGCCCUGCAACCCAACCACGAAAACAGACUCGAAGCCAUCGAGCGUGCCGAGAAACUCCGCCAGCGAGAACUCGAAAGCCGUCGAGGUGGAGAGUUCCAGAAAGAACUGGGGACUUUCGUGGAAGAGGGGAAGCUGAAAAAGGCAGGCGGUUUCGAGGAGGUCGAGCGCGCCAGAAAGGCGAAGGAUGAGAGGAUCCGCAGGGAAGUUUGGGAGAGGCAGAAUGGCAUGACACAGGCAGAUGCGCUGGCCGAGGCAGUGGACGAACCACUUUCUCCUUCUACUGCUAUUCACGAGGGAUCGCAGAAUGGGGAGAGCGAGGUGCCUGCUGAUAUCUGA